CCGCGCUCGCCGCUCCGUUGGUCCUUGCCUGCGGCGAGCCCUGAGCCCAGGCGUCUAGCGGGUUGGGCUUGGCGGGGAACUUCUGCGGGGGCCGCGGCCGGGAAUCGUAGUGGUCGGGGCAGACGCGCCGACGCCGGACAGUGCCACCAUGGGGACUAGAGCCCCAGGGCCCAUUCACCUGUUGGAACUAUGUGACCAGAAACUCCUGGACUUUGUCUGCAACGUGGACAAUAAGGACUUGAUGUGGCUCAAGGAGAUUAAGGAGGAGGCUGAGCGCAUGUUCAUCAGAGAAUUCAACAAUGAGCCGGAACUGAUGCCCAAAACUCCCUCUCAGAAGAACCGUCGGAGGAAGAGAAGGGUGUCUAACUUUCAGGAUGAAAACAGAGAUCCUAUGAGGAAAAGGUUAUCCCGCAGGAAGUCUCGGAACAGCCAGCGCCUCCGCAGCAAGGACAAGGUGGAGAAGGCAACUACUAGUUUUGGGGAAAAAGGCUCUCCUGUGUUGCGGCGAAUAACUCGGGCUGCUGCUGCAGCAGCAGCAGCAGCCUCUGUGGCAUCAGUUGCUUCCUCUCCCACUGCUGGGUCUCCCCUAGUGAUCAAGAAAGCUGUGGUGGAGGUAAGCUCUAGAGAGCAACUGAGUGCAGAGCUGCACCUUAUUCAGCUCAAAGGUGGCCGUCCUCCAUCUUCAGUUCAAGCUCCAGCCACACCGCCAGCUUCCCAAGAUAUCCUGACGUCAGAGGAGGAAUCGACACCCAAGAAGGUGGAGGCUGGGAAGCAGGAAUCCGUCCUAGUGAGCUCCCUCAAGGCUACACCCCAGAGUUCCAAGAACAGAGGGGUUGAAGCAGGACGUUCUGCUUCCAAACUCAAGAUUGCUCGGGCCUCUCGGGGCCUUCAGGAUUCUCCUGGCUCUCCAGACUCUCCACGGAAGGAGAGGGUGCUUUCUCCUCUCCUGCCAAACAACAUCUUGCCAACCACAGCCAAGAACCCUCUUGGGAAUGCUCGGUCAGUGAGGCAAAGCCUGAUUUCCCAAGAUUCCCAAGUACCACUAUCCAAAAAGUACUCUUUGGUGGCGGAACAAGAAAGUGCUACUCGUAGGUCAAGCCGGCUUGCCAAGAUGGGUGACAAGGAGCCAGAGGCCUCUGCUCGCAUCAUCUGUCACAGUUACUUAGAGAGGCUCCUGAAUGUUGAAGUGCCUCAGAAAGUUAGCCUGGAGCAGGAGGCCACCAAGGAGGCUGAGUCUGAGGAGGAGCCAGAGGUCUCCAAAAACAGUGACUAUACCUCGAAACUUGUGACCACUGGCCAGGCAACAGACAUUGAAGAGCAGCAAGAAGUCAAGCUUGACCAGACAGAUGGACACAGAGAACCACCUCCGAGUGCCAGGAGGAAACGCAGCUAUAAGCAGGCAAUGAGUGAACCGGAUGAGGAGCAUCUGGAGGAUGAGGAGCUGCAACCCCCUCAGAACAAGACCCCUUCCCCACCUUGUCCAGCCAACAAGGUGGUACGGCCACUCCGGACCUUCUUACACACAGUGCAGAAGAACCAGAUGCUCAUGACCCCUACUUUGGCUUCCCGCAGCAGUGUCAUGAAGUCCUUCAUUAAACGCAACACUCCCCUCCGUGUGGACCCUAAGUGCAGCUUUGUUGAGAAGGAGCGCCAGCGUCUGGAGAGCCUGCGGCGGAAAGAGGAGGCUGAGCAGCUGCGCAGACAGAAGGUGGAGGAGGAAAAGCGACGGCGCCUGGAGGAGCUGAAGCUGAAGCGUGAAGAGCGCCUCCGCAAGGUGCUGCAGGCCCGUGAGCGGGUGGAGCAGAUGAAGGAGGAAAAGAAGAAGCAGAUUGAACAGAAGUUUGCUCAGAUUGAUGAGAAGACAGAGAGGGCUAAGGAGGAGCGGCUGGCAGAGAAGGCCAAGAAGAAGGCAGCUGCCAAGAAGAUGGAGGAAGUAGAGGCACGCCGGAAGCAGGAGGAGGAGGCGCGCAGGCUCAGGUGGCUCCAACAGGAGGAAGAGGAGCGGCGGCAUCAAGAGAUGCUACAGCGGAAGAGGGAAGAAGAGCAGGAGCAGCGCAAAGCAGCUGAAGCCAGGCGGCUGGCCGAGCAGCGUGAGCAGGAGCGGCAACUGGCGGAGCAAGAGCGGCGGAGGGAGCAGGAACGCAAGAGGGAGCAGGAGUGUCUUCAGGCCAAGAGGGAGAUGCAGGAGAGAGAGAAAGCCCUGCGGCUACAGAAGGAACGACUUCAGAGGGAACUGGAGGAGAAGAAGAAGAAGGAAGAACAGCAGCGCCUGGCUGAGCAACGACUGAAGGAAGAGCAGGCAAAGAAAGCCAAGGAGGCAGCAGCCAGCAAGGCCUUGAACGUGACUGUGGAUGUGCAGUCUCCUGUUUGUACUUCAUAUCAAAUGACUCCACAAGGACCCAAAUCCCACCCCAAGAUCAGCACAGAUAACUAUGGAAUGGACCUAAAUAGUGAUGACUCCACGGAUGAUGAGGCUCAUCCCCGGAAGCCCAUCCCUUCCUGGGCCAAAGGCACCCAGCUCAGCCAGGCCAUCAUCCACCAGUACUACCAUCCCCCGAACCUUCCAGAGCUCUUCGGAAUCAUUCUCCCACUGGAUUUGGAGGACAUCUUUAAGAAGAGCAAACCCCGCUACCACAAGCGCACUAGCUCUGCUGCUUGGAACUCGCCACCCCUGAAAGCCACCAGGGUCGCAAGCAGCCUGGCCUAUAGCCUGAAGAAGCCAUGAGGCAAAUCCUCAGCUCUCCUGGCAGUACUGGGCCUAAGCAUGUCUGUCUGUCUGUCUGUCUGUCUGUCUGUCUGUCUCUGUUUUGGACUGGUGCUCUUUUGUCUGUUCAUGCCAUUGUUCCUCUGCUUGUCACGUGUUCCCAACCCUGAUUGGAGAAUGGGCUUGACGGGUGAGUGGGGAAGAACCAGAUUCAACACUGACUGGUCUGUAGGCAGUACUCUUGUAAAUAGAUUUUUAAAAUUCAGUUGACUUAGUUUUUAGUGUUUGUGAGGUAAUUUAAUAAAGUAUACACCUUGAA